AUGGACGACGUAGACAACCUCUCUCCGCCGCUGCCCGCUUCAAGGAGGCGGUUUUCUAUCGAAGAUGACCUCCUACUUCUCAGUGCAGUUAAGGGCAUCAAUCCCUUUGCUGACUGGGCGCGUUGGGGCGCGGUUACAAGAAAACUAAAUGAAGCAGCCGACAACGCGUUUACCGUCCGCGCCGUCCGGGAUCGAUGCGAUCUCUUGGUAGCCCAGUUUCGCCGUCAAGACCGCACGAAUCUGCGCAAGUCGGGGACCGAGGAGCAAUACGCGAAAAAAGAAAAUUUGCUUCAGGAGAUUUCCGAUUUGGCCAGAGAAUUCGGGCACCUGCCGAAAGUGCUGCCAAGGCAGGCCGCCACAAGUCCUAGGGGUACCACGGGCACGGAGGGAACGCAGGCCGCCAGUCCGCGGUUGAGUGCGGCUGCGCAAGUGCGCGCAAUGCACGUGAUGAGAGACGUUGCCACCUCUGCUUCAUAUGAAAAACAUCUUGCAGCAGCAGCUGAUCGCCAGGUGGACGAGAAUGGUGAGUCUUAUUCAUGACGCUAUA